AUGGCGCCCCAAACCGAUCGACCAGCGAAGCGUAGAAAGCUUCUACCUCAAGGCGUUGCUGAUUCUCGCGAUCUCCUCGAUAUAGACAGCGAGAUACUCAUGGUCAAGGUCGGCGGCGGCGAUGACCCAGUCGAACCGAAUGUGGCAGACGCAAACUGCGAUAAGAAAGAAUACGAGCAGCCGCAUAAGGCGAGAUCAAAUGGAGGCGUGAGCGGUGAGAAUGGAUCAACAGUCCAAGAUCCCGGGAAAAAGUCUGCAAUCUCUGUCCAGAGUAAUGACAAGGAUUCUGGUACGAUGGUCGACAAGAAUGGCGCAAUUGAUGGAGAGAGCAGUAUUGGCAGCGAAAAGAAUAGCGACAGCGAUACUGGUAACGACUCCAAGGCGGAGGUAUACGAGCGCCGUAUCUUCCACGUUCAUAAGAGUGUGCUUUGUAAGACCUCGUUGUUUUUCAAAAACGCAACGAAGCCAGAGUGGACCGUUUCGACUCCUCGCCCUAUUGAUCUCUCCGACGAGGAUCCCAAAAUUGUCCGAUUGUCAUACCUGCUUGGCGAGAAGCUCAUGGAUGCAACGUUUCAAGACGCAGUAAUCCAAGCGCUGAUAAAGUGUGUACUGAAGUCGCGGUUAUAUCCUACCAACGAUUCGAUUCGCAUUGCAUACAAGCGCACACUCCCGCACUGUCCUCUACGCAAAUUGUUGGUAGAUUUCUGGAUCUGGGAUGCUCACAAAGGUUGGGAGCUCGAGUCUCUCGUCAAAGAUACGUGUGAAGAUUUCGCGAACGACUUGAUAGGCGCUCUAGUCAAGCAUCGAAGGAAGCCAGGCGAGAUUAGUAAAGCCCCGUGGCAUAAGACCCCAGAGGCUUACAGUAUUAAGGAGGUUGACUAG